CCACCCCCUCCUCAUCCUGCCCCGGGUAGAGCAGCAUGUACGCAUUACAUUCGACCCUCUUGCCAUCAUCAGCUAUCCACCACUCGCUCUUUCUCGCAAACUUCACCCCCUCGACCAUCUACCAGGUCCCGAAACCUCAUGCGGCCAUUGACGGUCCGGAUGUCAAGGUCGUGGGCAACCUGGUAGUGGCCGGUGGCCAGGACCUGCGCGUCUUUGAGAUUAGGGAGGAGGCCCGUCCAGUACAGGAUGGCUCUAAUGAGGUUAAUGGUGACGACGAUGUUCCCAUGUCUGAGCAGCCUCCUCUGGACGACAUGGGUGACAGUUUCUUCGAUUCAGCUCCUACAGAUAGAGCACCCGUGCGAUACGAGACGACAAGACGACUGCACCUGUUGACCAGGCAUCAGCUCCAGGGAGAGGUUACCGGACUCGCGCCGUUGCGGACCAUUGAGAGUAGCGUGGACGCGUUGGACAGGUUGUUGGUGUCGUUCAAGGAUGCCAAGGUUGGUAUGGCUAUUCUGGAGUGGUCGCGAGGAGACAUUGCAACAGUGUCGCUGCAUACCUAUGAGCGUUGCACGCAGGUGGUCAACGGCAGCCAGCAAGGAUACGUCCCGAUUCUGCGUACCGACCCAUUAUCGCGCGUGGCUGUUCUCACCCUGCCCGAGGACUCGCUCGCCGUCUUGCCAGUACUUCAGGAGCAAUCCGAGCUCGACAUUGUGCAGGAUGCCGCCUUCCCCUCGGCCUUCCCCAAGGAUGUCCCAUACUCGCCUUCCUUUGUUCUCAGCCUCGCCGACGUGUCACCCGACAUCAAGAACAUUGAAGAUGUCUUGUUCCUGCCAGGAUUCCACUCUCCGACCAUUGCCAUUCUGUUCGAGCCCAUGCAGACGUGGGCGGGACGGUACAAGUCGGAGAAGGACACCUUCCGCCUCGAGAUCAGAACCGUCGACCUGUCCGCUGGUGGCUCCUACCCUCUUCUGACAUCGGUCAAGGGCCUCCCAAGCGAUUGCUUGUACCUCGUGGCAUGUCCCACAGAGAUUGGCGGUGUUGUUGUCGUCACGACAACAGGCAUCAUCCACGUCGACCAGAGUGGUCGUAUUGUUGCCACGGCCGUCAAUGCCUGGUGGGAGUACGUGACCAAGCUCAAGGGCGACCCGGCGUUCGAGUCUCAAAAGUUGUCUCUUGAAGCAUCAAAGGCAGUCUUUGUGACGGAACACGACAUGAUCAUUGUUCUCGAGGACGGCAAUGUGCACCAGGUCCGGUUCGAGAUGGACGGCCGUGCAGUUGGCGCCAUCAAGAUUGACCAGCAGUCCAGCAUGGUUCCUCCGCCAUCAAGCUUGAUUGUUGCGGGGCCAGAGGCUGUGUUUGUGGCCUCGUCGGAGGGCGACUCGUUACUUGCCAAGGUCGACAAGACGCGGGAUGUUACGGCCGAGCCUGAAGAAAGCAAGGAGGAGAUGGAGGUGGACUGGGACGAGGACCUGUACGGCAAGGAAGACGACGCCAACGCAAAUGGCAAGGGUGGUGCCGCAUCCAAGAUUGCGACUGGCCCCGUGACGGUCAAGCUGGUCACCGACGACGUCCUCAGCGGCAUUGGCCGCAUCUCGGAUAUCGAGUUUGGUAUCGCGGUGACAGACCAGGGUGCACGGACAUAUCCGCAGCUGGUGGCCGUCGGCGGAGGGUCUCAAGGAUCAACCAUCAAUGUCUUUAGGCGCGGUAUCCCCAUCACCAAGAAGCGCCGCGCGGACCAGUUCUCCCAUGCCACAGCGACGUGGUUCCUUCCUAUCCAGCGACCCACGGCCCACAAGUUCAAGGACAUUCCAGAGGCCGAGCGCACGACCAUUGCCUUUAGCUCAGAGGUCACACAUACUCGUAUCUUUGCACUGUCCACCCGCACGACUCAGGACCAGAUUGGUCGUGUUGGAGAGCCGACAAUUGCCGCCGGCGCCUUCUUCCAGCGCUCGUCCAUCGUCCAUGUCACGCCCAGCCAGGUGGUCCUUCUCGACUCUGAUGCCAAGUUGCACCAGACCGUCAUUGCCGCUUCCCCCGAUCUCCCGCCAAUUGUCAGCGCCAGCAUCGCCGACCCCUACGUCGUCAUCAAGCGCGCAGAUGGCAGCGUCUCGUUACUGGUUGGUGACUCUCUCGCCAGAACGGUCACCCAGGCGACGUUCCCCGACGGAGCUGCCCCACCCGUGUCAAUCACCGCCGAGGUGUUUACCGACACAACUGGCGUGUACCGCACAUUCGAGGCCACGCAGCCCAAGGACGAGCUGUCCAAUGGCGCCCAUAAGACGCCGGCCAAGGCCGCUCAACGAUCCAGAACGCAGCUCACCGGCGAGCAGAUCAAGCGCCUGCAAGAGGCCAAGCCGACCAUCGCCGUUGACGCGCAGACCAUGGAAUCGACCAUGAACGUGGCGCGAGGUUCGCAGUGGCUGGCGUUGCUCACCGACUCGGGAGAGCUCCAGAUCCGCUCGCUGCCCGACCUUACGCUUGUUCUCCAGUCCAACGGCGUUGCCCUCUCCGAGGCAAGCUUCACCGACGACUAUGCGGGUGAGCUGGAGCAAGUCGACGAGGACACGGACAUGGUACAGCAGAUGGUCUUUUGCCCCAUCGGCACACGCACACUGCGGCCGCAUGUUCUCGUUCUCCACAACUCUGGACGACUGAAUGUGUACGAGGCCCAGCCCCGCUUCACUCUCGACGCGCGCGACCAGUCUCGUCGUUCGCUCGCCGUGCGCUUCCGCAAGGUCCACACGCAGCUGCUCUCAACGUCGGCCGGCUCGACUCUGGCGUACUCGAUCCACUCGUUUGAGAACAUUGAGGGGUUGACCGGUGCGUUUGUCACUGGCGAAAAGCCACACUGGAUCCUGUCGUCGGACGCGCACCCAGUGCGCUCGUUUGGCUUAAAGCAGGCGGCAUACGCGUUCGGCAAGGCCACGUACCUCGGCGGCAAGGGCGAGUACUUUAUGCGUAUCGAAGACGGCUCCUUCUUGUGCUACAUGCCGCCUACGCUCAACACCGACUUUACCCUCCCCGUCGACCGCUACAAGAUGGAGCGGACCUACAGCCGGGUGACCUUUGACCCGCAGUCUGGCCACUAUGUCGGAGCCACGGCAAUCAGCGUGCCGUUCCAGGCAUACGACGAGGAGGGCGAGAUCCAGCUCGGGACAGAGGGCGACAACCUCAUCCCGCCACUCAACGAACGGUCAUCGCUCGAGCUCUUCUCGGCCGGGUCGGACCCAUGGCGCGUGAUUGACGGCUACGACUUUGACCAGAACGAGGAGAUCCUCUGCAUGGAGAGCUGUACCCUCGAGUCGUCGAGUUCGCCUACUGGUUUCCGUGACUUCAUCGUCGUUGGCACGGGCAAGAACUUUGGCGAGGACCGCGCGUCGCACGGAGCGGUAUACGUCUUCGAGGUCAUGGAGACCGUUGGCGAGAAGGACGGCAUCAGCGGCUGGCGUCUCAAGUUCCGCACCAAGGACCCAACACGCAACCCUGUCAGCGCAUUGGCCAACAUUAACGGCUAUGUUGUGCACUCGAACGGACCAAAGAUCCUCGCCAAGGGCCUCGACUACGACGACCGGCUCAUGGGCCUGGCGUUCCUCGACGUGUCAAUGUACGUCACGUCGAUCCGCGUGCUCAAGAACAUGAUCCUUGUGGGCGACUUUGUCAAGAGUCUGGUGUUUGCCGGGUUCCAGGAGAACCCGUACAAGUUUACCACGAUCAGCCGCGACCUGCAGGACCGGAGCACGGUGACGGCCGACUUUUUGGUGCACGACGGGCAGGUGACGUUUGUGACCAGCGACAAGGCGGGCGAUAUGCGCCUGCUCGACUUUGACCCGGGAGACCCCGAGUCGAUCAACGGCGAGAGACUCAUGGUGCAGACCGAGUUCCACUGCGGCAGUGUCAUCACGGCGUCCAAGGUGAUUGCGCGGCGCAAGACGGCCGAGGAGGAGAUUGCGCCGCAGAGCCAGCUCAUCUACGCGACGGCCGACGGCAGCCUGACGACACUGGUGGCCGUCAAGCCUGCGCGUUUCCGCCGCCUGCAGUUCGUGCAGGACCAGCUGGUGCGCAACGCACAGCAUGUCGCCGGUCUUAACCCCCGCGCGUUCCGCACCGUGCGCAACGACCUCAUUGCGCGCCCGCUCGCAAAGGGCGUGCUCGACGGCGGCCUCCUCGCCCACUUUGCCAUCCAGCCCAUCCAGCGCCAGCGCGACAUGAUGCGCCAGAUUGGCACCGACGCCGUCACUGUCGCGAGCGAUCUGCACGCGCUCGGCGGGUUCUGGUAG